GGCGACGCCUCUGGUCUGGACGGGGUGUGUAUGCGUCUGCAGACGACGUCACUGGUUCACCGUCGGUCGGCCGGUCGUCCGGCUGCUGCCGUCGCCAGCUCCGGUCCCGACUUCAAACGCUUCAGGCGGACUCAGCAGCCGCCGCCGCCGGGCUUGCGUGUCAUCCUUGGCACGGACCUGAAGGGCUACAAACGGCGCACUCUGUUCACCAACGGAGACUCUGAGGCGGACGAGUCGGACGAGCGGCGGGACGAGUCGCGUCGCCGGGAGAUGACGGACGACGAGCUGCUGCGCGUGCUGGACAGCGUGGCCCGCGGCGGACGGGGCCGCUAGCCGCGGCGGACAGGGCCGUUAGCUGGGCCACCACCAAGCUGGCGGGGCCACUAACCACGGCGGAUGGGGCCGCUAGCUGGGCCGCCACCAGGUUGGCGGGGCCGCUAGCUGCGGUGGAUGGGGCCGCUAGCUGGGCCAGCUCGCGCCUACCGGGCCGCCACCAGGCUGGCUGACGCUGCUCCACGUCACGUGUGAAGACGCGCCAGCCGCACGCGCCGCGCGGGCUCCGGCGACGGGGCCGAAUGCGAGCGCCCGGUGAUGAGUGCAGCGCUCGACGCAGUGCUGAGCAGGCCUGCUGCCCAAUGGCGGGCUUGCUGCUGGAGUGGCUCGCGGGUCAUGAAACUGAGAUUGAUGAAAGGCUGUGCCUUGUUCCUUUCCGCCUCUUUCCUCGUGUUGGAUUGUGGCGACAUUCAAAAUGUUUACCAUGGUUUGUAGUUACCGUUACCAUGGAUCGCAGCGGCAUUGUUAUGAAUGUGUGCUGGACACUGUUGCGUUUUUGUGUGAUCGUGCAAUCUGUCGCCCGCUGAAAAUACAGGAAACAAAA